AUGCCGGAGACACAACGACAACAUUACGAAACUUCACCUGAUCGUAUGGUUGGUAGAUAUUCAGCUAUAAAUGGGGGAUCGAAACCGCCGAAUUUCUUGCAAAAAUUGUACGACUUCCUUUCGCUCGGACCUCACCCUUGUCCCGAUAUCAUCUAUUGGGCAUCAGACUCGAAGCAAUUGGUCAUUGCUCAACCAGAUAGACUCGCCAAAGAAGUCUUACCAAAAUUAUUCAAACAUGACAAGAUAGCUUCCUUCGGACGUCAGCUGAAUAUAUAUGGCUUCUCUCGUCUUUUCCCAGGAAGGCAAUUCAAGGACUCCCAAGGGAAUAUAUCAGAUGCGAGUGUCUGGGCUCACCCCACACUCAAUCGGUUAUCAUCCCCUUCCGAGCUUCUUUCGAUCAAACGACGUGCUCCACCCAAAUUAAUCCGUACUCGACGACUAGCUAACGGUGAGAUAAUUAGGACGAAAGCUGGUCCAGGUGUGAUUGAAAAAGCCCGUCAGAUCAAAGAGGCAAUGAACAUUUCCAAGAAUCGAGAAAGGUCUUCCUCAUCUUCACUUUGGAAUAAACAAAGUCAAACUCAACCUCAAUCUCGAGCUCAUACUGAUCAUGGUGCGAAUACCAACACGACUGAUCAAUCGAGUAUGAAUAUUGACCAUUACGGGGUGAAAAGGAAUAACACGUAUUAUUUAUCUGACAUUGCAGAAUAUUCUGAAAAUGGCACAACCACUACCAGCAUUAGUACAAACGAUGAUGGUCUUCAAAAUUCUGUCAAUACUACCACAACCAAUGCAAGUGGAUCAAUCUGGCCUCAUGUCAAUCUAGACGCUUCAUCAAUCCAAUCACCAGCCAGAGAAACCAGUUCAUUGCAUUCACAGAAACCUUUACCUAAACCAUUAUUGAUACUAGGUGAAAGACCAUAUUCUUCAUGUCCAGCUUCGAUCCAUACUUCUCCAACUCAUCGUCAUACUUCAUUACCUUUUAAUUCAACUUAUAGUCCUAGUCAGUUCAAUACAUUGACAUCGUCAAUCAACUCAACCUUGAAUCCAGGAACUGGACUGGGAUUCGGAUCUGGACCUGGUCUAUUGAUGAAGACUUACAAGCCUGAUUUGACGAUUGAUACGAAUGCUGCUGCAAAUUAUGGAUAUACCAAUUCGCCGUUGAAUAUCAAUGAAGCUCAUGAUCAACUGCAAUUAUCUCAAAUUCAACCUUCUGCUCUGAUGCCUAAUCUACCACCUAGGAUAGCUGCGCCCGCUGCACCAAUUCCACCUCACUUACUUCAAAAUCGUACCAAACAAACUCAAAGUCGGACUGAAGGUCAAGAUGGCAUCCUAUCACCAGAUUCUCAUAACAACGUCAUGAGUGGAUAUGGAUUCACACCAUAUAUCAAUCCCCAUAAUAACAGUUCUAACUUUCAACUAUCAUCAAGUUGGGAUAAAAUCCAAAUCCCAAACUCUAUAUACACAGGGUCCAAGACAUGUCAACCUCAACUUAUGGUCAAACCGAUGAUCAUGGGCAAUGGAAACGGGACGAUCGAUCCAAGGUGGGUAAGCCCAGUGGGCAGUGAAUGGUCUACACCAAGUAUUACGAGGGUAUCAUCACCUUCAAAUCUAUCUUUAUCAUUAUCUUUCAAUGGGGGGUUGGGUAGUAGGAAUGAUUCGAUUGACACUUCCAGUCCAAUCCAACCGGGUCUUAAAGAAGAUAAAGAAGAACAUGGUGAUGCUGGACUACAAAACGACGAAGGAAAAUCGAUUCCUCCUUUUAUAUGGUAUAAUCCAGCUCAUCUAUCAACAUUGACUUCUUCCCUUGAAACGAAUAUCAAUCAUGCUGACUUGAACAAGGACCACAACCAUGUGAAUGUUAUUCAAGGUUCGACGAGUACCAACUUUACUGAUAUGACUCACUCGUUCGAUACUCACACCAAUAACAAUAACAGACCAUUCAUCUCAAGUCCGCUAGCUCCAUUGAUGAACCCUGCUCUACCUCAAGUACAAGGUCAUCACCAAAAUCAAUCGUGUUCUGCGUCGGGUAAUAGUAUAAAGUGGUUUGAAUGA